GCGGCCACAAUCGCCGCAGCUUUCGUACGGAGCGCACGCCGACGUCACUCGCGGUUCACGGCCGGCUCGCGAUACGCACGAGUGUUGGAACUUGAAAUUCAGUAAAAAAUAUCCUAGUGCUAUUAUUAUUGACGUGCAGCAACAGCGACGAUGCGGAACCUCGUACGAUCACUUGUGUUACUGCUCUCCGUGGCAGCUACCUUCGCGGCGCCGUCACCAGCUUCCAGCGUCAGCGCCGACACCAAUAUGGACAAGACAGAGCCCUCAACACAUGAGCUACUCAGUUCACUCGGCUUGAAGAAGCUGAGGAUACCUGCUGCUCACCACAGGAAACGGCUCGCUGAACAAGGAAGGAGGCACGCCACUGGGGACUCAAGGAUGUACGUCAUCAAACUGCCUCCGAACACGAGCUACUACAGCCACGCGGAGCCAGCCCCGGCCGCCGCGAGGACCCUGCCUCUACAAAUGACUAGUAAUGGUAAACCCGCUCGCGUCUACCAUUGGAACAUCCCGGUACUGCAGAAGUUCGCGAAAAACCGGCCACAGGCGAGGUUUGACGAUGAUAUAGUGGACGUCGAGAGCACGCCAACUUGGCCCAAAGCUAUUAGUCAUCCGAACUCGCUCGACGCCUUAGCGUAUUAUGUGCCAGCAAAGAAAACCUCGUUCAGAAAAUAUUUCUCCGGCAAUGGCAAACCUAAAUCCUUCUACAUAAUAGAGAAGAAUAAGAAAUCUGCCGAGUAUCAUAAAUUACUGCCCUAAUCGGAUUACCUGUACGUUCUCGGUAGAUAUAAAAGUGAAAUUAUACCUAUACAAUCAAUUGAGUAAGUCUCACAGUCCAUUGCCGACCAAACAUCGGAUCAAAAACUUAUUUAUUUUAUCCUUCCUUAAAUUAUCUGUCAUCAGUCACGAUGUAAUCAAAAUUUUAAUUAUACAUAAUUAUGUGAAUUCAUUGAUUUGUUCGUAUGGGAGGACUUAAAUUAUUUAUAACUUGUAGUUUUUAAGAUGAAAUAGAGCUAAGCUCUGCAGUCUCUCUCACUUUCGAUGCUGAUUCGAUUAAUCGCGUCUAAAUUACCUUUGUCUUAUCGUUUCAGCAUUUUCAAUAGUUUCCAUAAUAAGUAAUUCCACUAAGAAGACAACUAGUUCAAACAUAUAUUUUAUAUUAUACACCUUAGUCACUCGACAUAGUUGGUUGAAGUGCUCAAUCAUCGAAUGUGCAUUAUGUGACAUUACAUUUAGACGACACUGCACUGUAUUGGUUUCACAAUACGUGCGAUUAUCGAGUGUCUGGAAACUGAAAACGUUCUGAUGAAUUUCCUGGACGCAGAGUCAUUUGUAAAACCAUUUGGGAGCGCUACCAUGGAUACUUUAAGUUAUUCGAUUAUCAAACUGUUAUCGUUCACAAUUCUUGUAUUCUUAUCAUUGUGAGAACUAUAAGUGAGUUUGUAAUGAGUUAAAUGCCCAUGGUAGAGCUCCCAAUUCCUAAUUUAUGUAAAACAAAUGAUAGUUUGGAGGCUAUUAGGGUGCUUUCAAUCAAAGAUGUGCUAUAUAUUAUUGCUGGGGAUCGUUACAUCGUAUACUCGAUACAAAAUUAUACAACAACGCAUCUUCCUCGCACAGCUAUAUAGCUUAGUAUCAGUGAAAACGGUCACAUAGUUUCACAGCUUAACUAUUACAUCUUGACAGCAUAGUUAUAUAGCACAUCUUUGGUGAAAAUGCACUCUUUAUUAUAGCAGUACCCUUAACAUAUCCCAGUGUAUGAGUAGUGUUAUCUUGUAAACUGCAUUGUAUAUAAAUGGGCCAGCUUCCGCAAUCUAGUGUUAGGUAAAUAAAUAGGUGCUUAGGUAUGGUAUUAAGACUGCAUCACGAAUUUAAAUUAUUAUCUAGAUUUACGACUCCUGCAUUUACUUACAGCUAAGUAGUAAUUCACUGUACGAUUUAUAGCCUGUUCAACAAACAAGUAAGUAAAUGACUAUGUAAUUAAAUAUACACAGUAAUUUGGUGAAUAAAAUGUGUACUUUGGCACUAAUUCCUACAUUUAACAUUUACAUUUGAGCUUUAAGUUUACGUUAUUUAUAUACUCCGUGUGUAUUGAUGUACCCUUAGUACGAGUUUGCUUAAAUAAUCGAAACAAGAGUGCGUUCGGCGCUCGAUCGAUGAUUUGCCGUCUUAAAUAAAUCUACCAAUCAGAACGCCGAACGUGCUCUUGUUUCGAUUACUUUAAACGUAAAGCAUACUCAUACUAAGGAAACUGACCGUUAUAUCAACAAAGAAACUCAAUACUAAUUCAUUCAUACUUAUAAGUCUCUGCAUUUAUAAAUCUAAGACAUUUACGUCCAAUUUUAGGAACUAUAAACACUAAACAUAAAAUCACUUGUAUGUAAGCCAAUGCUAAUUCUAGAUUUUGCACCUAGUACUAUUGUAUUGAAGACUAUAAUUAUUAUUAAUACGUACUAACUAAUGAUGUAAUUAGGCCAAGGCGAAGCCAUUGCUUUAACUGUUUAGAUUUUUAAGUUGUUAUUUUAGAUGUAAGCAUAAUUAUUUUGUACAACAUACCUACUUAAUGUAAAACUAGAACAAUAAAAUAUUUUGAUAAAUUA